AUGAGCGCCGAACCCGCGCAGCCCUCUGCUGACGCAUCUGCCGCCAACGCUGCCAUCGCCCCGAAUUCCAUGCUCAACGUGCCCCAGUCUGGUCCCCAGUCCACCGACAACCACACGCCCAACACCGGCCUCAGCGGCGCAACCACCGCAGCAGACGCUGAGAGCAUAGGACGCGGCUCCAAGCGAAGCCUCAUGGGCAAACGACGGGCUGGCAGCACGGCGAGCAGCAAACGCUCUCAGCCGCGUGCUGCCCCAUCAGAGAAGACCGAGCAGCCGCCCCCGCUGCCCGCUACGGCCGACCGCCCUGCAUCGACGAGGAGUAAGACGCGCAAGGGCGGCUUGCUGUCGUGCCUGCCUUGCUUUGCACCCAAGGAGUCCCGCCUCGCCGGCGACUCGGCCCCUACGGAGAAUGUCAAGCAGGCCCAGAAGGUGCCUGCAGGGCGCACAUCGCAGUCGACGCCCGUCAAGAAGCAGGAGCCGACCAUCGCCGAGUCAAGUAAAACCGACUCCAAGGAGCCCCUCGACGAAAAGACUGGAACUGAGACAUUGGGUUCGAGUCUUGGCGACAAGCCUAGUCAUGGCGAUGGAACCACCGAGCAGCCGCCAGUCGAGGAUAGUCCUCAGCUGGUGACGAGAAGCUCAUCCCAGAGACAGCAAACAGAAGCAACCUCGCCCCCUCAACCCGGCACAUUACAAACUGGUCAUCCUCAGAUAAGCAUCACCAACCCCACGCCGGCCGCCACGCCAGUCUUGCCCCGCCCAUCCGCAGAACAGCAACGCAUAAUAGAGGACCAGACCGAAGAGCAGAAGCAGAUUGACAGCGACAUUGAAAUGCGAGAUGUGCCGCUUUCGUCCCACGAAGUUCCGCACCAGGCCGACGCAGCCGACGCUGACGCUGAACCCGAACAGCCCAAGGUCGAUUUGCCUCCUCCGCCGCCACUAGCUGAGAGACAGGUCGCUGUGCAGGAGCAGGUUGCGGAUGCGGGCGAGGCGCCAGAGGAGCAAAAGUACCUUUUGGGACCCAUUGCACCCAGGUUCCAGGGUAAAAAGUGUUUGGUUCUUGAUCUCGACGAGACUUUGGUCCACAGCAGCUUCAAGAUUCUACACCAAGCAGACUUCACGAUUCCUGUGGAAAUUGAAGGCCAAUACCACAAUGUUUAUGUCAUCAAGCGACCGGGCGUUGACCAGUUCAUGAAGCGUGUGGGCGAACUGUACGAAGUAGUAGUUUUUACAGCAUCUGUUUCCAAAUAUGGUGAUCCCCUCCUCGACCAGCUCGACAUUCACGGCGUUGUUCACCACCGACUUUUCCGCGAAAGCUGCUACAACCACCAAGGCAACUACGUAAAGGAUCUCUCACAGAUUGGCCGCGACCUCAAGGAUACCAUUAUUAUUGACAACUCGCCCACUUCCUACAUCUUCCAUCCGCAACACGCCGUCCCCAUCAGCAGCUGGUUCUCUGACGCACAUGACAACGAACUCCUCGACCUGAUACCGGUGCUUGAGGAUCUCGCUGGCCAGCAGGUCAGCGACGUCAGUCUGGUGCUUGACGUGGCUUUGUAA